CACAAGCAAUCUUCACUUCUUCUGUCCCCCUAAAUCUGAGUUUCAUCCUGCCUUCACUCUAUCCAUAGCAUCAAUGGCUCUUAGGACCAUCCCUGGUGCUACUCAGCCAACCAUCCCUGGUGCUACUCAGCCACUCAUUCCUGGUGCUACUCAGCCACUCAUCCCUGGUGCUACUCAGACAUUCUUCCCUGGUGCUACUCAGCCACUCAUCCCUGGUGCUACUCAACCACCCACCAAGAGUGACCGGAGCAUGUUAACCAUGUCUGAUGACAAUGUGAUGCUGAGGCAAAUUCAGGGCACACAUGCUCCUAGUGGCCGGAGCAUGUUAACCAUGUCUGAUGACAAUGUGAUGCUGAGGCAAAUUCAGGGCACACAUGCUCCUAGUGUCCGGGAAGUUGAUGUCAAACCUCUCUUCCAUCUUGUUGAGGACAUCCUUGACCGUGCCACCCUGCAAGUUGAUACUAUUUUCUUGGGUUCUCAAGCAAAAAGGGAAAUAGAAGAGAAAGCACACCAAGCAAAUCUUGUUGCCAUGGUUGACUCCCUUGCAUACAUCAUUGAUAGAAUUUCAUGUGAGAUAUCUUACAAGGCUUUGGGUGGUUCUGAUGCACACCAAACAACACUUGCCAUCUUCAACUUGGUAUCAGAAUUCUCAUGGGAUGCUAAACUGGUGCUGGCCCUGGCAGCCUUUGCCAUGAACUAUGGAGAAUUCUGGCUCCUAGCUCAGAUUUACACAUCAAACCAACUUGCCAAGUCAAUGGCAAUCCUGAGACAGCUACCAUCAAUCCUGGAGCACACUGGUCCCCUCAAACCCAAGUUUGAUGCUCUCAACAACUUGAUCAACGUCAUGGUGGAUGUGACUAGAUGUGUGGUUGCAUUCAACGACAUGCAGCCAAAUUACAUUUCACAAGAUAUUCCAGCAUUGACUACAGCCCUUGCCCAUGUCCCAACUGCAGUCUAUUGGACCAUCAGGAGUGUUGUGGCUUGUGCUGCUCAAAUCACUAGCCUCACCAGCUUGAGCCAUGAGAUGUACUCAAUAUCAACAACAGAGGCAUGGGAGUUAUCCACCUUGGCUCACAAGCUAAAAAACAUACAUGAACAUCUUAAGAAGCAGCUGGAUAUUUGCUACCAAUACAUAGAUGACAAAAGGAGUAUUGAAGCCUACCAGAUGCUUAAAAACCUCUUUGAGACGAUCCAAAUCGACAACAUGAAGGUUCUAAGGGCCUUAAUCUAUGCCAGGGAUGAUCUACUGCCUUUAGUUGACGGUUCUACAAAGAAAAGGGUUAGCCUUGAUGUUCUGAGAAGGAGGAAUGUCUUGCUACUCAUUUCAGGCCUGAACAUGGCCACCGAUGAGCUUUCAAUUCUUGAGCAGAUAUAUAAUGACUCCAGACUCCAUCCCACAAGGCAGGAGAGCCAGUAUGAGGUUGUUUGGAUCCCAGUUGUGGACCGCUCCAUCCAGUGGACUGAUGCAAUGCAGAACCAGUUUGAGACCCUGAAAUUAUCCAUGCCAUGGUACACGGUGCAUCACCCUACUUUGAUAGAAAGGCAUGUGAUCAAGUUCAUCAGGGAGGACUGGCACUUCAAGAACAAGCCAAUCCUUGUAGUGCUGGACCCUCAAGGCAAGGUGGCUUGUCCAAAUGCAAUCCACAUGAUGUGGAUUUGGGGCAGCAAUGCAUUCCCUUUUACAACCCUUAGAGAGGAACUUCUCUGGAGGGAAGAGACCUGGAGACUUGAACUCUUCCUUGAUGCCAUUGAUCCGUUGAUCCUCAAUUGGGCUAAGGAGGGGAAAUACAUUUUCUUGUUUGGAGGCGACGAUGUUGAGUGGGUUAGAAAGUUCGCAAACACAGCAAAGAAUGUUGCGCAAACGGCUCGGAUUCCUCUUGAGAUGGCAUAUGUAGGAAAAAGCAGCAAGAAGGAGGCGGUACGGCGAGUGACGGCGACCAUCAAUGUCGAGAAGCUGAGCUACUUCUGGCAAGACCCCGCCAUGGUGUGGUUCUUCUGGAUCAGGCUGGAGAGUAUGCUAUUGUCCAAGAUCCAGUUGGGCAGGGCCGACGACCAAGACCCCAUGAUGCAAGAAAUCAAGAAGUUGCUCAGCUACGACAAAAUGGGCAGCUGGGCUAUCCUCUGCAAAGGAUCAAACGCAGUGGUCAACGGCCACGGAACCACCGUCUUGCCCGCCCUACUGGAGUAUGACAUAUGGAAAGAUCAAGUAGCUGUUAAGGGCUUUGAUUUGGCCUUUAAGGAUCACCAUGGUAAGCUUCAUGACAUUGCUCAACCCUGCUGCCGGUUCGAGUUCCCAAUGGCUGCCGGAAGGAUCCCGGAGGGCAUGAAAUGCCCUGAAUGCAAUCGCAUGAUGGAGAAGCACAUUACCUUCCUCUGUUGCCAUGAUGACGGUACCGUUCCAGGGUCAAUCUUCUGAGCUUGGACCUCCAUGAUAUCACAUCUCCUCCACAAAAAUAAAUGUCACUCAUGGUAAUUUUCAACUAAGAAUACUAGUUACUUACUCGUACCUUGUAUCAUAUAAGGUCGAGUUCCAUAUUUCCAUGCAAUAACAAGGGUACGUGUCUCCAACUAUUUUUAACUGAAUAGUUGCUCGACGCUAAUCGUAUCCUUUUUACCUUUUUUUUCUUCAACAUAUUCCAUUUUGUUGUUUUGAGAUUUGUCCUAUGUAUGUAUGAGUGGCUGAAUUUGAUGUUAUGAUAUAAUAAAGGUCAUGAUACUUG